UAUUGCUUAUGAUCUGCAAGUAAGAGGAAGAAAGUUUAUAAUUUUUACUAAAGUGCAAAAAUUAUUUGAGUAAAUCAUGCUAAGUGCGUCCUAAAAUGGAAUCGAAAGAAAAUUGUUCACCUGCUCCUGCAGAUGCAGCCCCAGUUGAAGAUGACGCUAAUUUCCACCUCGAAAACUUGCGGGAAGAAAAAAGAAAAAUGCAAAAUGAAUUUAAUGCACAACGAGCAAAAAUGAAAGAGCUCUAUUUGCAAAAGGAGAUGGAACUGACCAAGUGUCAUGCCGAACGUAAGAAUUUGCAGCGUGAACUUGACGAGAUGAAGAGCCAAUUUCUAGUAGCCGACUUGAAGUCGGAAAGCGAGCUGCAACUAAAAGAGAUAAAAGCGCAAGAGGAAAUAUCCUCAUUGCAACAACUAGUGCAGGACACGAUUGAAGAAUCAACAAUUCUAAAGGCUGAGUUAGAACGAAUGAAAGAAGAAAACAGUAGGUUGUGGCAGGAAAAUCGUGAAAUGCGCGAUAGCACACAACAUCAACCCAUUGAGAGUACCGGUUUGGCGCCGCAGCAGAUGUUAAGUACAAUGAAAAAAACCUUGCGUAAAUUAGGUGGUGAAUCGGCUGGUAAUGUAUUACCGAAUAAUUUAGGACAGCAGGAAAGUAUGGAUGAGAACAACAAGACCAAAGGAGGUAAAAAAGACUAUGCACAAGAAGAUGCGGAAGUUCUACGUUCGAUUGUUGUGCAACUGCAGGAAGAAAUGGAGGCAUUAAAAGAAAAAUUACGUGAAACAGAUGAUAAAUUGCGAAAUCAAGAGAGCAUUGCAGUAAAUAAUGCAAAUUCAACAGAAAAUCAAGCUUCUAAAGAUGCUGAAAGUAUAAACAAAUCCACUUCCAUCGAUAAAAACACUAUUUCCUGUGAUGCUUGUCAACAAUUUGAAAAACAACUACAAGAACUACAAGCAAAGAGUGCCGAAGAUAAAGCUACAAUUAAUUCUAUGCAAAAGGCUAUAGCGGUUUCUCGUGAAGAUCUACAAAAAGAGGCAGCAUUGCGUAAAGACUUGGAAGAUCAAUGGCAAGAGCGACGUGAAGCACACAAAACUGAAGUACAAAAAUUACGUGAACAAGUCAAAUCUAACGAGGAGCAAUUGUUAGAGUUGCAACAAAAGUUUCUGGAUACUAAGGAAGAAGUGAUGCGGCAGCUGCAACGUGUUACCGAUGAGCGCGAAAGGGUUAACAAACAUUUAGAAACUUUACAAGCUGAUAAUGAUUUUCUCUCCGGUCGCUAUUUGGCAACGUCGGAGGAAAUCGAGAGUCAAGACAUUAAUUUACCCAACACUGUUGAGGAAUUGCAAGAAUUAAUAUUACAACAGCAAAACGAUCUAAUACAAGCGCGUGUAAGUAGCGAAUUUGAGCGUAAGAAAUGUGUAACCUCGUUGGAUGAAAUUCAAAUUUUACGCGAUCAAUUGGAAAAAAGCAAUAAUGAGCGAUUGGCAUAUAAGAAAAAAAUGCAGGUUGACAACAAAUCGUGGCAGGAUCGUUUAACUGAACAUUUGCUAACAAUACAAACUUAUGAAACGGCGAAAACCACGCUGGAGCGUAAAGAAACUGAGCUAAAUAGACAAAUAUCGCGGUUUCGUGUCGAGGUCAUCGAACUGCAGGAUACUAUCGAGAAGCUAACAAAAGUGAAUGCAGAUUAUAAAACAAAAAUCAAAAUUCUACAGGAUGACUUGGCCACCAGUGAGCAGGUGCAGAAAGAUUUUGUUAGAUUAUCACAAAAUUUACAGAUGUCCUUGGAGAAAUUGCGUAAAUCCGAUACAGAAGUGCGCUGGCAAGAGGAUGAAGACAUUGAUAAUUGUCCCACAUGCAAUAUCUGUUUCACAGUGACGGUGCGGAAAAUUCAUUGCCGCCACUGUGGGCACAUCUAUUGCGAUAAAUGUCUGACGAAGACGGUGCCGUCAGGCCCACGUAAGAAGAUUGUACGUGUCUGUGAUAUUUGCCAUACACUGUUAACACCAAAUACCGCGCCCUACUUUAGUCAGAAUCCGCUACCCGCUAACUAAGCAAUUACAAACUAAUUAAUUUUUAUUGUUACUUUUAAGUACUUGGUACAAUGUGCGUAUACAUGCAUAUACAUACAUGCAAAUACAUAUAUAUAUAUACUCGUAUUGAAUGUCCUUUAGAUAGUCUGACAGUUUAUUGUCACAAUGAAAUUAUAUUCCUUUUAGCGUUAAAUAAAAAAUAAAAAAUUUCUCUGUUCAUGUUGGUUAAUAAUAUUCGAUCGUUUAGAAGAUAGUUGUUUGUGUAUCUUUGUUGAUGCGAGAGGAAAGCGUAUGCAUAUCCAGUCAUGAAGUGUCGCUCAUUAAAUGAGUACUAUUUGUAUUUGUAUGUAUUUUAAGUCAAUUUAUUUCUUUAUUUUAUUUAGCUUUUUGCAAAUAAACAUUCAUACUAUAUUCAUUCAAGUAUUUGCUAAUAAACUAUUUGCCAACAAUAUACACACAUAAAUACAUAUAUAUUUUAUUAAAAAGCGAGCAAACAAAAA